AUGGGUGCUGGUACUCCCAGAGGUAUUAAGGCUGCCCGCAAACUAAAAAUUAGGAGACGCAAACAGAGAUGGGCAGAUAAGGCCUAUAAGAAAUCCCACCUGGGUUCUAGAUGGAAAUCAAACCCAUUUAGAGGAAGCUCUCAUGCAAAGGGAAUUGUCGUGGAAAAGGUUGCUAUUGAAGCUAAACAGCCAAAUUCUGCCUACCGAAAAUCAGUUCGCGUACAGCUCAUCAAGAAUGGUAAAAAAAUCACCGCUUUCGUUCCACGUGACGGUUGCCUGAACUACAUUGAUGAAAAUGAUGAGGUAUUGGUUUCUGGAUUCGGUAGAUCUGGCCACUCCGUUGGAGAUCUGCCUGGUGUCAGGUUCAAAGUGGUCAAAGUAGCUGGUGUGUCUUUGCUUGCACUAUUUAAGGAGAAAAAGGAAAAACCAAGAUCAUAA